GCGGCCGCCACCCUCCGUUUCCCCACUCCGCCACCGCUCCACCACCGGCGAUUAUCCCAUUUCCUUCUCUCCGAGAUCGAAUUCCCCCAUCCGCUUCCCGUUUUCUAAUCGCAGUGAGGAAGAAGAAGAAGAACACAAAUGUCAGCUGCAAAGAUCGCCAAGCCGCAUCGCCUGAAUCGAACUCCUCCUCCGCCGCACCACCACCGGCGUCGCAGUAGCAGCAUCGGAUUCCCCUCCCCCAACAUCAGGCAUCGCAUUGUUUUCGACGACGACGACGACUGGUUGCCGAUUUCUGCCGGAGCUAAACCGGCUCCAUCGCGCGGGAAGAGGACGAAGAAGGACAAUAACAAUCAAAAUAAGAAGAAAACUGGCGCGUCUCGCUCCCAAUCCCCGACGGCGAUUCCUAAGCGGCGGAGGAUCGCUUUAAUCCCUGAUUCCGACGACGAUUCCGUUUCGAAUAAUUCCGACUUGCUCAUGGAGCGACUCUCCAUCUCCAAUAUCAGAGAUCGCGGCAGAGCCAGGUCGCUUUCCUCUUCUUCCGGUUCGUCACCAUCGUCAUCGAAAUCAUCGUCGUCUUCGUCUGCCGCUGCAGCUCCAGAAACACCUCCGUUAAACGUCGCCGCCGCCUCCUCUGCGAGGCUUCUUCAGCGGUCUAGAGGAGGAGGAGGAGCUGCCGUGGCGCCGGCGAUCAACAGAUGCCAUCAGUGCUUGAAAGCUGAGAGGCAACUCUACGUUCGGUGCUUCAACUGUGCCAACCUCUAUUGCUUGAGAUGCAUCAAGCUAUGGUAUCCUGAGCUGACGGAUGUAGAUAUAGCACAACAGUGCCCACUCUGUCGGAGAAAUUGCAACUGCAAUGCGUGUCUUCACUCCGCUACCCUGAUCAAGACCUCCAGAAGGGAGCUCUCCCCCUGUGAAAAGAUUCGGCAUUUGGGUUAUCUUAUCAACUCACUUUUUCCCUUCCUUCAACAAAUCUGUGACCAACAAGAACAGGAAAGACUAGCAGAUGCUACCUUUUCUGGCCUGUGUGUCAACCCAGCUUCCCCUUCUGAAGUACCCGAGAACUUCUGUAACAAUGAUGAGCGAGUCUAUUGCAACUACUGUGCAACCUCUAUUGUUGACUUUCAUCGAUGCUGCCCCAAAUGCAACUUCGAACUGUGCCUCGGUUGUUGUCAAGAGAUCCGGGAUGGCAGCAUCUUGAGUCGUACUGAGAUGAAGUUCCAGUAUGUAGAUCAUGGCCUUGACUAUAUGCAUGGUGGAGAUCCAUUGAAUUAUUUUCCUUCUCAAUUUCCUGAAGGUAUGACCGAACCUUCGAUUGCAUUGUUGUGGAAUGCUAACAAGGAUGGGAGCAUCCCUUGUCCUCCUGAAGAGAUUGGGGGUUGUGGUGAUUCGGUAUUGCAACUCAAGCGUAUCUUCCCGACUGGAUGUAUUUCUGAUUUGACUGAGACAGCAAGGAAGUUCCUUGGGACUUGCGACACUAGACAGCAGAGCCUGCCUUGCAAAUGUGGUGAAACCGGGAGAGAAAUGGUAAGGAGAGCAGCUUCGAGAGAAGCGUCCGAGGAUGAUUACUUGUACUGCCCUGUUUCAGAGGACAUUAUAGAGGAGGAAGAUCUUCUUCACUUUCAGAAGCACUGGGCAAAAGGGGAACCCGUUAUUGUUCGUGAUGUACUCGAUGCAACUACUCAUUUAAGCUGGGAGCCAAGGGUGAUGAUGCGUGCCUUAUGCGAGAAUGCCAAUUCCGAUAUUAGUUCAAAGAUGUCUCAAGUAAAGGCCAUCGAUUGCCUGGCUGCUUGCGAGGUUAAUCAAAAGCAUUUGCUGCCAAUCACUUGAUUUGAUCAUCAAAUAAAUUUUUGUUAGCUUGAUUAAAGUGUGAUUGCCUAUGGCUUUUGUGCUGACUUAGUCAAAACAUGCAGGUGGAAAUCAACACCCGUAUGUUUUUCAAAGGCUAUACUGAUGGGAGAAGAUAUUUCAAUCUUUGGCCUGAGAUGCUGAAGCUAAAGGAUUGGCCCCCUUCUGAUAAAUUCGAAGAUCUUUUGCCUCGUCACUGUGACGAGUUUAUCAGUGCACUUCCAUUUCAAGAAUACAGUGAUCCAAAAGCGGGCAUUCUAAACCUUGCUGUCAAGUUUCCCCAUGUCCUCCUGAAACCCGACAUGGGUCCCAAAACUUAUAUUGCAUAUGGGAUGAAGGAAGAGCUUGGCAGAGGUGACUCUGUGACCAAGCUUCACUGUGAUAUGUCAGAUGCGGUGAAUAUUUUGACUCAUGUGGCUGAGGUAGAGGUAAACGAAGAGCAAUCAUUUGCCAUUGAGCGUUUGAAGCAGUUGCACAGUGAGCAGGAUAGAAAAGAGCAAGUAGCACAAAAUAUUAGGGACAGUCAUAACAGUAGGGGAAUUAAUAGUGAAGCAAAGAAGAAUUCUGCUGACACCGAAAGGAGAGUCGAUGAUUCGGAAGAGUCUGGAUGCAUGGGUUUGCAGACAGAACAAACAGAGGACACAAUUGGUGCUCUAUGGGAUAUCUUCAGGAGGGAGGACGUCCCCAAAUUGGAGGAAUAUCUUAGAAAGCACUCCACAGAAUUCAGGCACACAUACUGUUGUCCUGUGAAGCAGGUCAUCCAUCCAAUUCAUGACCAAUGCUUUUAUUUAACAUUGGAGCAUAAGAAGAGAUUGAAGCAGGAAUUUGGAGUGGAGGCUUGGACAUUCCAGCAGAAAGUUGGAGAAGCUGUGUUCAUUCCUGCUGGAUGCCCGCAUCAAGUCAGGAAUCUAAAGGUAGUUGUUUCUUUGGGUACAAUUUCAUUUAUGAUCAUGUGUCCACUCUCAAGCUAUAUCAGCCAGCAUAGAUGUAGUAGCUGAUAAGGCUAUCCACAAAGGUUAAAAUUAGGGGUUUUAAGGCUAAAAUGACAUUUUAGCCUACUCGAAAACAUAAACAACUCCAAUCCUGAGACUCUAAUUUUCUGUUUAGUAUUUAGUAAUCAUAACUUAUGAAUAGUUAAACUUAUGUUAUUGAGAGUGGAGUGCAGCGUUUUGGUCGUGACACAUGUAGAAAGGCCGUGGCCGCUGCAUUGUUUUUGUUUUGGGACUUAAGUGUCCUGGUUUAUUCCUUAACCCUAAUCCGUAGGCUUAUAAAGCCUACUGUCAUUGUAUCUGAGGUAACAAAGACAAAUAAUAAAAGCCUAAGCCGAGAGCUGCCACUCUCCAUGGACUAGUCCCGUUCACAUCGAAUGAGGAAACCACAUAUUUCGUUAUAUUGUGUGAUUGGUUGUUUCUUCGAUUAUUCUGUAUUUUACAUGGUAUCAGAGCGGUGAUAUCCU